CAAAAUAUCAGCAGCUGUAGUUCAUGAUAAUACCAACUUGGCCUCAUUCCACUGGUGCUUGCAUACAAAGGAAUUAUCAUCAAAAUCGUUAUGACGAAAAGAUCCCUCCAACUGGGUGAUGACUUCCUAGCUAGGCUAGCAAGUGACAUCGAGACAGAAGAAGAUGCUGAGAUACUUGGGCGUAAACUUGGUUUCGAACAAGCCGAAAUCAAUCGUUUUAUGGCCACCAACCGGAGUGGUUAUCAUGUGACUUGUGCAGGAACAAGGUCUAUGCUAUUUGCUUGGCGUCAAAAGGUGUCACCCUCAGACCAACCAGAUACACUGAGGAAGUGUCUCCUCGAUGCCGAAUUGGUUGCAUUGGCUGAUGAAUAUCUUGGGGAGAUAAAGCAUACAACAGACCCCAAACCAAUACCAUGCCAACCAAUGUUUUCCUUCAACUACUGCCUUAAAGUACUGAAAGACCAUUACAAGACUGUCCUGUGUCAAAUUCAACGUAGGCCUUGGGACCCAAAUGACUUCGCAGAUCUUAAACAUUUAUUUACGGAUAUCAAUCUUGUUAAGUUUGACCGAAGUACGGGACAGUUUCAGAAGACACCAUUGAAAGGAUCGGUUAAUGGCAUCUUUGGAACUCAAAUCGAUGGCCAAUUCCCUAAACGUAUUAUUUUAACGGCACCCGGUGGUCAUGGUAAGACAUGUGCAGUCGCAAAAUUGGCUUAUGAUUGGUUGCACCAAACCGAUGGAUCACCCAUGAAAGGUUUGAAAGCUCUCUUCGUUUUAAGAUUAAGGGAGGUUGAGGAAUCUGUGUCUUUGGGUGAAACCAUCAUCUCACAGCUCUUAGGUGAAACUUUUGGUGUUACUUCGGAAUCAAUAGAAAACUUUCUCGAGAUGCAUCAAGAGUCAUGCGCUCUCAUAUUUGAUGGAUAUGAUGAGUUCAAAGGAAGUAUCAAGUCGACAAUCACGAGUCUGACGAAAGUUCUCCGGAACAUUAGGCUGAAGAACUGCAGAGUUCUCGUUACCACUCGACCACACCUGGAGGGAGAUUUUAGCCAAGGGGAACUUUCAAGGAUAUACACCAAGAUGUCCAUCGAAGGGUUUAGCUCAGAUUCAUCCCUACAGUUUAUCAGACGGUAUUUUCAAGCAAGAUCAAGUUCCAACGGUGGUAGAGAACUCAUCAAGUAUAUCCGCAAUAAUAAUUUUCUGGAAAGCUUGAUCAAAGUCCCAUUGUUCUGUACUAUGGUGUGUCACUUAUACGAAGUGGAAGCUUUAUCUAACGCUCAUUCACUGACAAGUCUGUUUGAUAGCAUAAACCAAUUCUUGCUUCAACAUGCAUUAGCUAAAGAGGUUCCAUCACUCUUACCAAGCGAGGCAAAACUUGAAGAUAUUCUAUAUGAUUUGGGUAAAUUUGCAUUUGAUGGACUUCGAAGUGAUAGCAAGAAGCUUGUUUUUCAAGUAGAAGAUUUCAAACAUUAUCCUGAUGCUUACAAAAUAGGCAUUAAGCUAGGGAUCCUUUCUGCUUCCAGUAUUCCCAUUAAACAUCUGGUAAACCGCCAAACAUCAAAGACAACGGUUGAAUUCUUUCACAAACUUCAGCAGGAAUAUUGUGCGAGUAUAUACAUGCGACGACUAGGUAUCACCCGAGAGAGUCGCUACAUCAAGUUCAGAAGCCCAUCAAAACUGGACUCGUUGUUGGCCAAAGAAGUCAACACAGUAGCUAAAACCCUGGAACUGGAGAAUGUACUUUGCUUCAUUGCAGGUGCUAACAGACCAGCCUGUCUGUCCGUCUUCAGACACAUUGCCAAUCAGGUUAAGGACUUUGUUCUCUACUAUAAAUGCCGUUUGGUGUUGCGCUGUCUCUUGGAAGCAGAUAGAUCUUAUGUAGAUGACUGUCACAGUGUGGCCAGCGCCUUGAGGAAGUGUUUCUGGGAUGGCAAAGUUGAUCUCUAUCCUCUUACUGAUAUGAUGAUGACUGGUUUGGAAAGGCUACCGCAGGUAGCCAAGAGAGCGAUCACAUCCGUUGCUUUGUGCAGCACAAAUCUCUCAGUCACCAUGACAACCCGACUUUGGUCUUGUCUAUCAUCAUUUGACAACCUCUACAACUUGUAUUUGAACAGCUCCUCCAUAAAUGUGGAGAAUGGUGAGCUUCUCCCACCCCUUCGAUCCGUGCGUCGAUUGGAGACUUGGUCCCUUCAAAAGGAGACGUUCAAUCAUCUCACAAGGUGCCUUCCAGCUGUGGAAGAUGUAGAGAUUUGGAUUGGGAAUGAGGACAACCUAGACCAGGCCUUAGAAUGGAUCACGUGCAGUCUUGGUGAGAUGGGCCACACGCUUCGGUGGAUAGAGAUCAAUGGGCUACUCAAUACCAAUGGAUCGACUGUGUCAAAGUCAACAUGCGAGAAGUUUGGGCGUACAAUCCAACAGAAGGCGAUACAGCUUGAGACCUUGUGUAUGGUUGAGAUCAAAAUGGAAUAUGCCGAGGGCUUGAUCGACAUUGUAAAAUGCUGCAAGGGCAUUAGAUCUUUCAAACGACUAAGAUUCGAGUGUGAUAUUCACACCAACAAGGAAACUGUCUACAACAUUUUAGAUGGCAUUGGAACGAGGGUAGAAUCUCUUGGUGGACUUCAAAAAAGGAGAUGUAACUGCAUGGGGAUUAUCGUGAAGCAACCUGGAGAUUCCAUACUUAACUGGAAAGUUCGAAGAUGAAACGGGAGUCUCCUAUUCCUGAAAGGAUUUCACCUCGUCCAUGGAUAAAGCAGGGUUUGCUAAAUGAUCGGAUAUAGCUGUUCUCAUCCAGGUACUACAGAACAAGUAAAUAGAUGGUUGGCGCCGGAAUAGAAGUGCCGCAGAUUUAGCUCUGGUUUGGGUUAAUUGGUUUUUGGAAGACCAAAGCCACAGCAAUCAAUGCAUGAUGAUCUCAUUUCAUGCAGGCAUCGACCA